AGUUAAUCUGUAGAUUAAAUGUAAAAUGGCAGAAACAUCAUUUUCACUAAGUGGAACAUCUUCAGUUAAAGAACAAACACACAAUAUUGAUCAUGCAUCUGAUCUUCUUCAAUUUGCCAACAAGUCACGACAAGAUGGUCGUUUUAAUGACAUUAUCAUUCGUGUUGGAGAGAAAAACAUUCCAGCAAACAAGAUGGUUCUUUCUUGCUAUUCUAAAUAUUUCGACACCAUGUUUAACACUGAGAUGGAAGAAAAAUAUAAAGAUGUUGUGGAACUUCAAGCUGUAGAUGCUGAAAGUGUGGAGAAACUUGUUGAUUUUAUGUACACAGGAAAAAUCAACAUCAACACCAACAAUGUGUGCGACCUUCUUGCAGUUUCUGAUUUCCUACAAAUGCUUUCUGUCAAGAAACUUUGCAUUGAAUAUUUGUUGACAACAGUCACGCAACAAAAUUGCUUCACAAUUCAAGCUUUAGCCGACCGUUUCACCAUUCCUAAGUUAACUGAGAAAUUCAACAACUUUGUUGUUGAAAAAUACCAAGAAGUUACUUCUGGUCAUCAAUUCAAGAAACUUUCAAAAGAUGGUGUCAUCAAGUUAUUACAAUUGACACAUGGCAAGGUUUCUCCAGAUUUGGUUUACACUGCUGUUAUGAACUGGGUGAAGUUUGAUUUGGCUUCAAAUGAAAGUUACUUGAGUCAACUUUUCAAGUUUGUGAAUCUUAGUGAAGUAUCUCCAAUGAUGUUUAAAGAUGAAGUGUCUGUUGAGCCUCUUGUUCAAAAACUGGACAAUCUGGGUUGGGUGUUCCACGAUGCUUUGGUGCAACGUGCAAAGGAAAUAGGUCGAUUAUAUUAUACAGAGAAAUCCCUCAUAUCACUUGGUGGUACAGAAAGUUUAUACAAAGUAACAAAGUUUGACUUACAAACAAAACAAUGGAGUCAACUUCCAGAUUUACCAGUUGGUCGAUCAACAGCAGCAGCUGUUGUCAUCGAUGAUGUUCUGUAUCAUCUUGCAGGAAGUUUACAAACUGAUGGUAAAGAAACAGCAACUAACAUUGUUUAUCGAAUGAAAUUAAAGAAAAAAGUUUUAAAAUGGGAGAAGGUAGCUUCAAUGAAUGUCAAGAGAUUCGUGUUUGGUGCUGCUGUUUUAAAUGGUGUCAUCUUUGUAUUUGGUGGAGCUGAUGAGAAUAAGAUAAAAGUUUCAUCCGGAGAAUAUUAUGUUGUUCCACUUAACAAGUGGAUUCAACUUAAACCAAUGAAGUUUGCCAGAAGUAGUCAUUGUUUGGUUGCUCACAAUGAUCGAUUGUAUUCACUUGGUGGACAUGAUGGUACCCAGUAUUUAUCUUCAGUUGAAAGAUAUGAUCCAUCAUUAGAUGAAUGGAAAGAUGUUGCUUCAAUGCAAACACCACGACGUUGGUUUGCUGCUGUGGUGUUUAACAAUGCUAUUUAUGCUAUUGGUGGCCAUGAUGGAAAACAAACUCUUAAAUCAGUUGAGAAAUACAAUGUUGAUGAUGACACAUGAUUUAUGUAGUGGGAGGUCUGGAUUCUGGGAAUAAAGUUGUGAAAUCAAUUGAAUGUUACGAUGAUCAAACUGACAAGUGGAGUGUUGUUGGUGAAACUGAAGUUAAAUUAUUCCACAAUUCUAUGGUUGCUAUUUAAAUAAAUACAUGGUGUAUUUUAUUUUACUUCCACUAUACAUUUGGUGAUGUAUUUAGGCAACCUAAUGUUUUAUCUGCAAUCAUCUUUGCCUAACGCAAUAUAACUUGGCCCUAUUUAAAUAGGUUUGAUGCUAAACAGAUUACUUCAACAUUAUACAAUGUGAUAAUAUUUGUCACAUUUAUUCAAAUCCACAAUUCAAAUCCUUUUUGUAUCGAACACAAUAAACCUUGUGCCUUGAUUUUAAUUGUACUUUAGAUAAUUUAUCAACUAAAAUACUUUCAUUGUAAUGUAUUUACUGUUUUAUUUGUACUUAAAAUAUUUCCCAAUUUGUAAAAUACAGUUAUGCAGCAUUUCUUUAAUAUUUACUCCAAUAAAACCUGUGUCAAUCACAAUGAGAUACGAAAGUAUUUGUUGAAUAUUCUUCUUUAUUUGUAAAUAUUGUAGCCUACCAUCUAUUUCUUUAUUUUUAUAUCUUUCAUAAUUUAUCUUCAUCUUACUUAAGUUUGAUUCUUCAACUCUUCAUAUCGCGAUGACAACAUGUAUAUCUAUUUUAAUUGUACAUUUAUAAAAUUGACAAACUAAAAUUUUUUUCUUGUAAUUUCUUCACUGUUUUUAUUGUUCCUAAAACGCGUUUUUUUCUUUUGGGAAAUACAGGUAUGAAAAAUUUUAAUGUUUAAUCCCAAAAAACUAAAUUACGAGUUCUUCUUUUUUAUAUCUUUUUUAUCUUACCUACAUUUGAUUGUAUUUUCAAUUUUUCAUAUUGUGAUUACUUGUAAUAAAACAUUAACGAAAACAUCAAUGGUGUAGUAAUAAUGUUUAGUGUGGAGUUUUAGGUUUGUUAUUGGAAUUGCUACCACCACCACCUUAUAAUAUUGCAUACACGUCUGUCGUGGUAAGCCUAUUUACAUUUUCGGUUUACAAACAUCAGAUUUAUAUUCUUGUGAAAUACUGUAAUUGGUUUCAUUUAAAGAAAGAUUUUCUAGGUUUUGCUUUUCGGUCUUACUAAUCAAAUGAAAGGUGUUUA